GAUGAGCUUGCAGAGAGCACACAGCACUCCGUUCUCCCCAACAGCCAGGAUCUUUUUCUCACCCUGACUGAAGUACCCUCCCAAGCCUCCCAAGCCAGUACCCAAGACUCUGACCCCAUGGAAGGGACCUCAGCAGCUGCAAAUUCCUCAAGCCUCCCUCCUCCAUCCCGAAGGUUAUCACAGAUAAGGCGUCGUAAGAAGAGAACGCGAGACGAGAUGUUUUCUGAAAUUAUGGAAUCCAGCCGCAGUGACAGAGCUCAUCUGAAUGAGUGGAAGGAAACAGUUUCAAAGUAUAGGAAAGAAGCCAGUGAACGUGAGGACAUGAGGGACCAACGUGAGGACAGGAGGGACCAACGUGAGGACAGGAGGGACCAACGUGAGGAGAGGAGAGACGCUCGAGAUGAGAGGUGGCGGCAGGAAGACCAGAGGAGAGAGAGUAAAGAAGAUCAUGUAUUAAUUAAACAAAAGACUAAACAGAACAAACCUUUGGAAAAGCAGACAUAA